GAUGACAUCCAGCUCUGUGUCUGCAUCUCCAUGAUUUGCUCUAAUGUGUGUGUGUGUGUGUGUGUGUUUGCAGGUGAACUCACCUGAAGAGGACAAACGAUGCCUGGAAGACUUUGGAGUAAGGCCAUCUUCACCGGCUACAAGCGUGGCCUGCGGAACCAGCGCGAGCACACGGCGCUGCUGAAGCUGGAGGGCUGCUACAGUCGGGAUGAGGUCGACUUCUACCUGGGCAAACGUUGCGCCUACGUCUACAAGGCCAAGAAGAACACAGUGACGCCCGGUGGGAAGCCCAACAAGACCAGAGUGAUCUGGGGGAAGGUGACCCGCGCCCACGGCAACAGCGGCAUGGUCAGAGCCAAGUUCAGCAGCAACCUGCCGGCCAAGGCCAUCGGACACCGAAUCCGGGUGAUGCUGUAUCCGUCUCGGGUGUGAAGACGAUCCAUCAUGUUUGUACAGAAAUGAUAAAAACGGAUCAAUAAACUGAUCAGCGCCAAA